GACACGAACAAAACGGGCUAAUGAGUCGGGGCUUACCCCACCACGGAGGAAUGUAAAAACUAAUUGCGAAUGGGGCCAGGUUCCAUUCCCCGAACUUCCUAGAAAUUGACGAGUUGGUGAAGCUUUGUGCGGGACUUGCAGCUCUACCAUGCGCAUUCUCGAUCCGGAAAUCUAUUUCGUGACAGCUUGUUACCCCAGAUUUCCUGAACUGACGGAUUAUUCCCUUUGAGUCGCUCCGUUUGGAGCGGCAACUCGCAAUGUCUUCGGCACCGACAUUUCGGGAACUCUCGAAAGCAAUCAACGGAUUCAUACCGACAGCGAGUCUGCCGUUACCCGACGAUCUUGUCGAAGUUAUCGACGCUUACGUAUAUAAGCACGAGAAGGUUGACGAAAGUGUCGCCGAUAAAGUCAAUGAUGAACUACUAUCUAUAUUCCAUAGAGAUGUCGCUCAAGUACCGUCUCGAUUCGCGCCUUUCAUUGCCAUCACCCGUCAUUUACGCCCGAUAGUCGGACAGCCGGCCAAAACACUCCAAUGGUUUGAUUUGCUGUUGCCAGCGCUCGACCAUUUAAAUCAGGAGAAGGGUCUUGCGGCAGAGGUAGAGGGUGUACUUCUGGAUAUUCUCACUCCUGAAGAUGGCAACGACCCCGGUUCCCCAACUGGAGGCUCUGCUCCUCAGCUUGCAGAACGACUCAUGGUGCAAUGGCUUGCUGAGUAUGAAGCUGUCGGCAAAACUCCCAAUACGAUAGCGGAAUUCAAAGAACAACAGUUGCGAAGGAUACUCCUACACUACGGGAAGAAGCGCCCCAAAGAUCUUUUAACCGUCCUUGACAUGUAUGUCGCCAAAAAGGCGUAUCGUCCUCGUGCUUUAUCAUUUCUAGCUAUAUUUGUGCAGAGUCAGCCACCACAUCUUCACCUGAUCUUACAAACUCCUCUAUUUCGUAAUUUAAUCAAUUGCCUUCAACUUGACACGUCUACCACUAUCGUGUCCCUCGCUUUAACCGCAUUAACUAUGAUUCUUCCUCAUAUGCCGAGCUCUCUCGUUCCCCACUUGCCCACGCUGUUUAACAUAUAUGCGCGGUUGCUGUUCUGGGAACGUGAAUUAUCCUCCCAGGCGGCGGACGAAGCAGAGAAAGAUCGAAGACUAUCCCCUAACAAUCUCGCUUGGGAGAAAGUGAUCUACUCGUCCGAUUGCGAAGAUAGGAAUAUUCCACAGCUACUGCACUAUUUUACAAUUCUUUAUGGGCUUUACCCUAUUAAUUUCAUGGACUACAUUCGGAAACCGCAGAGAUAUCUCCGACAUGCGGAAGUGCCUGACGCUGACGACAUCGAGGUUCAACCCACCGAAAUACGCCACGCAUCUGAACGCUUCCGCCAGUGCCAUCUCCUUCAUGAGAACUUUUAUACCCUUACUAUUGAAUCCGAGAAAACAGAUUUCGGAAGGUGGAUUAAAAGUGAACCGGCCGAAGUAGUGGCAGACUGUGUUGCUCUCUGCCAAUCAUCUGAACCACUAUCCGGUCAGUAUAUCUCGAACGCUGUCAACACAAGGGCGACAGAAGAAAGUGAGUCUGAGAGAGACGGGACCGAGUCUGCACUACUUAGUAGUUCCUACCCUUUCGGCACACCAUCUUUCAGUCCCAUUCAAGGAGACGAACGGCGAAAUACAAUGUCGACACUGGCCGAUUCUAUCGCGAACAGCCGAAUACAAUCAGCUGUAUUGCGCCAGUCAUCUAUUAGCAGCCACCAUUCUGCUCGAGAUAUAUCAAGUCCAAGGUUAUCUGGAAAUGGAAAUGAGAGUCCGACACUAUCCCGUCAAAUUGUUCAGUCGGCAUCACAAACGCAGCUACAAGACUUAAUAAAUUCCAACAAGGCCAUCAAGUCGGGGCUUCACCAAUCUAUGGCGAAUGACAGCGUCCCCUCCCUUGCUUUAAGUCACCAUGAUUCCAUUUCGGAUCGUACCAGUUCACAACUUCAACCGAACCUUCCACAAGCCAACGUCUCCCUAUCGCCGACAGAUGCGAUCAAUGCUCAAAUUGCACACCUCCAACGCCAAAUCCUACUUUUGAGUAACGAUCUUACAUUCGAGAGAUUCAUGAAGCAGCAACAUCUUACGCAUAUGGGUGAACUACGACGACGACACGUGCGAGAAGCAGCAAGCGAGGCGGAAACCCAGAACUUGAUCAUACAAAAUCGUCAACUUAGGCAACGACUAAAGGAUGCAAAAGACUCGGAAAUACAAGCAAAACGAGAGUCUGAGAAAAGUCGAACCCUGUCGAAGAAAUGGGAAGCCGAUCUUACUACUAAGCUCAGGGCACUGCGCGAGGAGCAGAAGAAGUGGAACGCGGAAGGUGGUACGUUACGGGCUGAAUUAGAGGCGGCAAAACGCGAGGCAGACAAAUUGCGCUCCCUGGUAUGUGAAGCUGAAGUUAGAGAGUUGGCUUUGAAGCAAAACAUGCAGUCCGUGGAGAUCAAUGUGAACGAGCUUGAAAGAUUAAGGAAAGAUGUCGAGCGAUUGACGGAAUCUGAACGAAAUAACCAGGCCAAAGAGACAGAGCGCCAAGCUACAAUCGCACAUGCGGCAGAAGCAGACAGUCGAGCCGAGGAGCUCGAAAUGAAGCUCAGAGCUCAUGAUUCCGAUAUCCAACAAACGCACAACAUGUAUCAAUCACAGAUUGCGGAGCUCAAUGAAAAGCUACAAAAUGCUCUCAAGGACGGAUCAGGGCGCAAUUCAGAGAAUUUGAAGUCACAGGUCGAAAGUGCUCUAGCAGCGAGCCGAGCUCAACAGACGGAGCUUAAAGCCCGUGUCGCGGAACUCAUAAAGAAGAAUGCGGCCUUGCAAGCAAGCAUCUUAGAAUUACAAUCCACAGUAGCCGAGCUUUCAAAACCGGAGCCUCGACGGUCUAUGGAUCCCGAGGUCGACUUAUCAUCCGAUUCGGGCAGCCCAUUAGAUACGCGGAACCGCCAACACCGCGGAUUUUCCGACUCGGAAAUGUUCGAGGCUACGUCGUAUAAUGCUACGCCGCCGCUUGAGCCUUAUAGUACUGGUGGAUCCACAGCUAGUCAAGGGCGACGACCAUCUACACCGCUGGCUGAUCCGUUGUCGGCUGGUAAGGGCAGUCCUACUACGGAACGGUAUUUCGGACGUGGUGGCGUGCAAAAUCUUCGUAAGGAUAAGAAAGAGAAGAAGGACGACAAGGAGCGGAAGAAGUCGACUGGUCUACGCGGUAUUAGGGGUUUCGUCUAGCCAGGGGACUAGGUUUCGUUAUGAGCUGUUCGUAUUCGAGAAAAAUCAGGGCAAUAAACCUGAGAAAUACGGAUUCUCUUUACUUGAUUUUAUGGAUAAACUUGCUAAGUUCACGAUGUAGCAUUUUAUAGAUUGAUACCCUCAAAGUUAACUGAUUACAUGUCCGAAUAAAACAUACCGGCCUAGCAUGGUGUUAUGUCAGGUUAACACCGUCUUGUGUUACCAAAUCAUUCCGGGGCGUAGGCUAUUCAGGGUUAGGGUUGGGGUUAGUGUUUUUAGUGUCUGCCAACUCUUCGUGGGCAUUGUCAAUAUCGCUAUGACCGUCUCGGCGCACUUCGUAUUUGGAUAUAUGUAAUUUUGGAAUACGCAUGCCUUGUUGACCUUCACAUAUCUAUAUUAACGCAUUGCCCUUCUAUUGUUAUAUAACUAAAUGCCAGUUGGGUAUAGGGAUUCAGUUGUU